AAAAUUGGCUACCAUUAAAAAUAAGCAAAAUCAGGUGGCUACCAUUGAAAAAUUUUCAAAUACAAUUAUUAUAAACAUAAAUCAAUUGAUUUUAGAAUGAAACCAUACCGCACCUUUACAUGACCCACGUAGAUAGCUUUCUAGGCGCGUACAUACAAUCCCACACAUCCUUUAUAAGAGCCGACUAUCUCCAUACACACUUCACACACUAUUACACACUUCCUUUUAAAAAACACAAACAUCUAUUCUCUCUCUCUAUUCUUCAUACUCACUCUCUCUAAAAUUGUCUCCUCCUCCUUUGGCGUGGAAUUAGGCUUUCAUUACUGUCUCUUCUCUAAUCUUCCCCCUUAACACCAUCAAUCACUCUUGUACUACCAAACACAAACACUACUCAUUCUUCCCCCUUUUUUCAAUUAUCUUUUCUUUUAAAAUUACCCCUAAAAUACCAUCUAAUUCCCCUGUUUUCACCCCAAUUCCAUUCCCCUUCAUCAUACCAUUUCCCACAUCCUCUCCAUCGAAACUCGAAACCCGAAAAAUGAACGGCGUAUCCACAACUUCCACCAGUAGUAGCAGCAGCAGAAGACAGCAUUACAAUCAUAACUCUCACUACAACUCCCCUUCUUUCUCCUCCUCGCUUCUCGAAGAAAUCUACCGUUCUUUCGACGAAGACGAGGGGGAUAAUCAUUACCAUCACCACCACCACCACCAUCAAACCAAUGAUGGUUACAGGAAGGUAAAGAACAACAAGAGCGUAAUUGAGAGAGAAAUCGAGAACGAGAGACUACGAGGCGUAAAUCGAGCGGUGUUAGAGCAAUGGAUGGAUAACGAGAGAAUUAAUCGCCGCCGUAAUUCUAUGGCGGCGAUUAAUUCUACCUCUGCUAAAUUUAACUCGUCUUCUUCCACGAGUUCCUCCGAUUCCAGCUCCGGAAUCGGAGGAUUUUCGUCAUCUGAUACUGAAUCACUCUACGGAUCAUCUAAAUCGAAGUCGGUGCCGACAUUGAAGCCGAUAAAAACAAACCUAAAUCAGCCGGAAUUUCACCGGAAAAGCUACUCCGAUGAAAUUCCGGCGAAGAAGAAAGGUAACAAAGAAGGUAAUCUUCAGAAAAGAGCGUUGAAGCUUUAUGGUGAUUUGAAGAAGGUGAAACAACCGAUUUCACCUGGUGGUAAACUCGCUAGCUUUCUUAACUCGUUGUUUAACUCAAACUCGUCGAAAAAGCCGAAGAUCUCAUCGUCAUCGGCAAAUGUUCUGAAAUACUCUACGUCGACGCCGUCUACGGCGUCGUCGUACUCGCGGUCGUGUUUGAGUAAAACUCCGUCGUCCGCCGGAAGGUUCGAGAGGCGGUCGGUGAGGUUUUGUCCGGUAAGUACCGUAAUCGCCACCACCACCGCCGCCACCAACGAUGAUAAAGUGUAUAAUGAUGGUAAAAGAGAAGAUAGGUGGAGAGAGAAAGCUACUACUCGUAAUAGUAGUACGUUGAAAAACGACGAGUUUAAAGUUCAGAUAAGUGAAAAGCAAAGGAGAGUCGAAGAAGUUGCUAAGGAGUUGUUAAAGAAUUAUCAUCAUGGUAGAAAAUAUCAAAAUGAUGGUACUAAUAAUAAGACGAAAAAUCGUGUAUUCGAGGAUGAGAAUGAGGAUGAGGAGGAUGAUGAUGUUAGUUGUUGUAGCUCGGAUCUUUUCGAGCUCGAUCACUUGCUAGAAGUUGGAAGUGAUCAUCAUCGGAUGUACCGUGAAGAGUUGCCCGUGUAUGAAACUACUCAUGUUCAUACUAAUAGAGCUAUUGCUAAUGGGUUAAUUUUGUAAUUUGGUGAUUAAUUUUUAUGAGAUAGUAAUUAAUUUUAAUA